CAACUUUCCAAGAGAAGGCAUUGCCUUCUUGUGCUUUGAACUGCAGGUCAUCAGUUUACAGCUAGCCUGCAAGGCCUUAGCUUGUUCUCUGAUCAAACACAAUCUUGAUCAUGGAACCAAAGGUCAGCAUUCAAGAAGGCUGGAAGGUUUUGGAGGAUCUGACGAUAAAUGCUGAUCAAUUUCAGCAAAAGGUGUUGGAGGAGAUACUAAAGCAAAAUGCAGGUACUGAGUAUCUCAAGAGGUUCCUCGACGGCCAGGCAGAUAAGGAACUUUUUAAGAAGAAAGUUCCCAUUACGACUUACGAUGGCAUAAAACCUUAUAUAGAGCGAAUUGUUGUCAAUGGAGAGCCCGCAGACAUCCUUUUAGCUGAACCCGUGACUGCCAUUACCCUAAGCUCUGGCACCUCAAGAGGACAGGCAAAGAUGAUGCCUCUGACAAAUAAGCAGUUGGACCAGUUAACAUACUGCAGAAGCCUUGCUAUGUCUGCGGCAAACAAGUUUGUGGAUGGCUUGCUGGAGGAAGGGAAACAGAUGCAACUGUUGUUCGUCAGACCAGAUAUUUAUGUUCCAUCAGGCUUGCCAGCAAGACCUAUCCUAACAAGCUACCACAAGAGCAAAAAUUUUGAAAAGUAUGAGUCCAGUCUUUAUACUAGCCCUAUGUCGACAAUCUUGUGCUUAGACAGCAAGCAGAGCCUAUAUUGCCAAUUUCUUUGUGGUCUAUUACAACGGGAUGAGGUUGUAAACAUUGGUGCAGUUUUCGCUUCUGUUCUUUUUCGGGCUAUCAGAUUCUUAGAAGAUUAUUGGAGAGAGUUAUGCUCUAACAUAAGAACAGGUCGUCUUAGUGAUUGGAUUACUGACACUGGCUGCAAAAAUGCUUUGUCACUAAUGCUCACUGGACCUAAUCCAGAACAAGCUGAUUUAAUUGAAGCUGCAUGUAACAGUAAAUCAUGGGAAGGGAUAAUUAAGAAACUUUGGCCCAAAGCAAAGUACAUUGAUGUUAUUGCUACAGGUUCUAUGGCCCAAUAUCUUCCGAUACUUGAAUUCUACUGUGGUGGAAUACCUGUUGUUUCAAUGCCAUAUGCUUCUUCUGAGAGUUUCUUGGGGAUCAAUCUUAAACCUUUUAGCAAGCCUUGUGAUGUGUCUUACACCCUUGUUCCCGAUGUGGCAUACUUUGAGUUCCUCCCCGUAAAGGAUUACAAUGAAGAAGAAACCAAAGAGGUCCACUCCGAUGUUAAAUCUGACAACGAUUUGACAGAAAAACAGACCAAGAAGGAAGAAAUUGAACCCGUUGAACUCGUGAAUGUGGUGCUUGGUCAAUGUUAUGAACUUGUUAUCACAACUUGUACAGGUCUAUAUAGAUAUAAAGUUGGAGAUGUUCUCAUGGUAACUGGCUUCCAUAACAACGCCCCUCAGUUUCAGUUCGUGCGACGCCAAGACGUAGUUUUAAGCGUAGAUGUUGAGAAAACCAGUGAAGACGAACUGUUAGAGGCCAUGACAAAGGCCAAGCUCCUCCUGGAGCCGUUUGGCUUAGUCUUGACGGACUAUAGCAGCUAUGCUGAUGUUUCAACAGUACCAGGGCACUACGUAUUGUUCUGGGAGCUAAACAUGGAUGCAAGUAGUGACCUGCCGGAGUUCAAUCCCAAGAUAAUAGAGCAAUGUUGUUCCACUGUGGAAGAAUCAUUCAAUUAUCUGUAUAAAAACUGCAGGAAGGGUAACACAGUCGGGCCGUUAGAGAUAAGGAUGGUAGAGCAGGGAACAUUUGAUGCGCUCAUGGACUUUUACAUAUCGAAAGGGUCUUCUGUUAGCCAAUACAAAACACCUCGAUGCAUCAAACUGGAGGAAGCUUUCAAGGUAUUGGACUCUCGGGUGGUCAAACGUUAUUUUAGCCAGAAAGUUCCCGCAUAAAACCCGAUGAGAUGGCUACUAAAUAAAGGACAAGGGCUUAGGUUAUCAGAAAUAAGUUUGGUUGGUCAAACACAUGCCUUUGUAGACUCUUCCAAAGCUUUACUUGUCUCAAUUUGUUUGCUUGUUUAAUUUUGUAUUUGCUCUUAUUUUAAUUAUCUCGAUUCGUUCUGUACACGAAUAAGCAUGACGCCUACUUUGCCAGACCUGUGCCACGAUGUAAUAUAUUAAUUAAAGUAAAUAACAACUUGGCUAUCUUUUUUUCU